AUGCGAAAAAAGUCUUUGCCUUCUACUGCUAAUGAUACCAAUAUGAUGAUUGAGUGUGAGCCUGAGUACUUGAUGCCGGACUUUGGAUCGAAUCCGGACAUUGAUGAGAAGCCACCAAUGUCUCCGCGUGAGUGCCUUGAGAAAGUGAAGCCUUUCAUAGUGGCGUACGAGGGUAUCAAGGAUCAAGCAGAAUGGGAGGAAGCAAUUGAUGAAGUGAUGACGCAAGCUCCCCUUAUAAUAGAGACUGUUGAUCACUACAGUGGUCCUGAUAGAGUAACUGCCAAGACACAGAACGAAGAGCUCGACAGAAUUGCUAUGACGAUUCCCAAGAGCGCACCUGAUUCCGUGAAACGAUUUGCAGAUCGUGCAGCUCUUUCUCUUAAGAGUAAUCCUGGCUGGGGAUUUGACAACAAGUACCAAUUCAUGGACAAGCUCGUUUUAGAGGCGUCGCAGAGCUACAAAUAG